AUGGCUUCGUCUCUGGGCAAUGGCGACACUUGCAGCUCCGGCAUGUGGCCUCCAGGAACGGUGCGCCUGGAGGACACGAGGGUGAGGGAUGGGAAAGACAUUAUCCUGCAACCACGACCGACGGAGGAUCCCAACGAUCCGCUCAACUGGCCGAAAUGGCGCAAGUACCUCAAUUUUUUGCUCGUAUGCUUCUAUGUCGCCAUGGUGGCCGAGUUCAUCAACGCCCCUACGCCGACAUGGGCACCUAUGCACAAAGAGUUGGGUUACUCAUACGAAAUCCUCAACGACAGUUACGCCGUCGGCUGCGCUUGUCUUGCACUGGGUUCUCUUCUGCUGAUCCCAUUCGCUCUCAAAUACGGCCGCCGGCCUGUGUACCUUUUCAGCACGGUACUACAAUUCGGCCUUAGCAUUUGGCAAGCGAAGAUGAAAUCGGUGGCCGAUUUGAUGCUGAUCAACGUUCUGUCAUGUCUGUUCGCAAGUCUUGCCGAGUCGAUCGUGCAGAUGACAAUCGCCGACGUCUUCUUUGUGCACGAGCGAGGGACGAUGAAUGCCAUUUAUGUCUGGGUGUGGCUGCUGGCCAGCUAUGGUGGGAUGCUCAUUGCAGGAUUCGUGGCCAAAGGACAAGGCUGGAGAUGGAUUUGGUGGUGGAACGCCAUCUUCUUCGGCGUGGCCAUCCCUCUGGUCUUUUUCUUUUAUGAAGAAACCAAAUUCUGCCCUCCCAGUCUUUCGUCUGCUGAAGGUGACGAGGACCGGCACCAACAAGCGCCUGGCGUGUCUGAAAGCCCAGACAAGGCGCCAAAAUCCAUGGACGGCGAAGAAAAAUCGACCACGACAGCUGAUCCCAAGGAUACGUCCAUCAUGCAAGCGGUCGAGGAGGGUUCGCCACAGGACAAUGCUCUUUACAAGGUGCACAUCAACCCGAACCUGCCGCGAAAAACUUACCGGCAACGGCUGGCCAUCACCACCACCACCUCGUCCACCGUCGGAUCCAACGGCACCUUCUUCCGGCACAUGUACCAGCCUUUGAUGCUGCUGGUCACCAUCCCUGCCAUUGGAUAUGCGGCUCUAGUCUACGGUAUCCUAGUAGGCCUGGGCGACGUCAUGUCCACCACCAUGUCCACAUACCUACCUCAGGCACCCUACAACUUCAGCACCGACCAAGUCGGCCUCAUGGCUCUUCCCAGAGUGAUCGGAGUCAGCAUCGGCGCCCUGAUCGUGGGACCCAUGAGUGAUUGGUGGAUUGUUUUCCUGUCGCGUCGCAAAUACGGUGGUAUCUACGACCCGGAGAUGCGACUAUGGUGUAUCGCUCCUUUCCUCCUCUUCGUUCCUGUGGGAGCCCUUCUUUUCGGCAUCGGUCUCAACAACCAUCUGUCAUGGCCCAUCAUUGCCGUCGGCCUGGUGCUGUACAACAUUGGCGUGGCGCCCAUCAACAGUCUGAUCGUGACCUACCUGACAGACUCGUACCAAGAGGUGAUCGGUGACGCCUUGGUCGCCGUGACGGUGGUGCGCAACACUUUCAGCACUGCGUUUAUUUUUGCUCUCACCCCGUGGGUCAAGCAAGUAGGCUUGAAAUGGGUCCUGGUCACGAUCCUACUCAUCGCCAUGGCCAUUUUGUUGUGCUUUGGCGUUUUCAUCAAGUGGGGCAAGACUUUCCGGGCGCGCACGGCUUCAAAGUAUCAGUUUUAUGCCCGGAGGCAAUAUAAGGAGAGGCCGUUGUAG